AUGAAGGAGGUGUUUGGAAUUGGUAAAAGGAUUCGACAAUAUUCUGAGAGUAGUGAUGUGAGCAUAAAAUUGAUGGCAAUGAGGAUGAAGGGUAAGUAUGAAAAAUAUUGGGGAAAUCCUAAUGGAAUUAAUAUCUUAUUAUUGAUUGCUGUUGUGCUUGACCCUAGGAGUAAGUUGGAUUUUGUUAAUUACUUCAUUGACUACCUCUUUGAAUCUAGUAUGUCUAGUGAAUUGAAAUCAAAAUUAUUGUCAUCUUUAAAAACACUUUAUGAACAAUAUCAAGGUAUUGAGGAGGGUUCUCAAAGUAGCCAACAAGAAUCUCAACUAGAUGAUGAUGAUGAUGAUCCUCAUGGCAUGAGUUUCUACCUAAGAGCUACAGGACGUAGAUUUGAUUAUAUAUCAGAGCUUGAUAAAUACUUGAGAGAGGAUCCUGAACCUUAUAUGAAGUCAGUUGAGCUUGAUAUUUUACAUUGGUGGAAAGUCAACUCGACUAGAUUUCCUAUCCUUGCGAACAUGGCUAAAGAGGUGUUAGCCAUUCCUAUCUCUACCGUAGCAUCAUAG